CUUAUGUCCACCACGUACCAUCUGACCAUCGGACUUGAUUGAAAACAUGUCUUUUCAAAAGGGUGUGCUGAUCUCCGAAUUUGAGGACCGUUCAGUGCAAGACCACGGUUCUGGUUGGUCCAAUCUCUGGGACACCGGAAAGAGCAACCUGUGGGACCGAGGAAAGCCUUCACCUGCACUGAUUGAUAUCAUCGAAAAUUUUAGUAGCUCUGAGGAUAUACUUCACCCAUUUACCCCUGAUGGCAGGCGUAAGAAGGCUCUUGUACCGGGAUGUGGCCGAGGCUACGAAGUUGUUAUGUUAAGUCUCCAUGGCUUUGAUGCAUACGGAUUAGAACUUUCCACCACAGCCGUGACAGAGGCGAAAGCCUAUGCAGCAAAGGAGGUUACCGCUCCGCAAGCCUAUAAUUUCGGUCAUGGGCCGAAGGUAGGGGAUUGGUCACGGAGUUACUCUGCUGAUCGCGGAGUGGUUGAGUUCCUACAAGGUGACUUCUUCGCCACCGAGUGGUCCCACGGUGAUAUGAAGUUUGAUUUGAUAUAUGACUACACGUUUUUGUGUGCCUUGCACCCGAUUCGUCGCGCUGCGUGGGCAUCACGCAUGAUGGCGUUGCUAAAUCCCUUGGGCACUCUUGUAUGCUUGGAGUUUCCUAUGUACAAAGAUCCUUCGCUUCCAGGACCACCGUGGGGGGUUAAGGGGGUCCAUUGGGACCUUCUUUCCUCCCGCGGGAUAAGUGGGUCGGGAGAGUGUACCAGAAUAGUAUACACACAACCCAAACGGACACACGAGGCAGGAAUGGGAACAGAUAUGAUCAGUGUCUACGUGAGAAACGAAUAGGUGCUGUAUCUGUGGUGUACUGUCUGGUAUUUGCUUAUUUUAGAGUGGC